CUACUUCUCUUACUCUACUGAGCUUUUCUUCCUUUAUAGCCGCAGUCAGGAGGAAGAAGAAGGAAAACAGAAUCAAAUUUCUUCCUUCUUUUUGUUUAUUAAUUUAUUUUUGUGCAAUGGCUACUCUCAUUCCCCCGUCAGUUAUAGUUCCACCGGCGAAUUCAAAGUCGGCGGCUGUCGAAUCGGAGAAAGAGAAAGUUGAUUACCUGAACUUGCCUUGUCCAAUUCCUUAUGAAGAAAUCCAUCGUGAAGCUCUCAUGUCUUUAAAGCCCGAGCUUUUUGAAGGACUGCGCUUUGAUUUUACCGGAGGACUUAAUCAGAGAUUUUCACUGAGUCAUAGUGUUUUUAUGGGGCCUACAGAACUUCCUACUCAGUCUGCUGACAUCGUCAAAAUACCAACUGCGCACUAUGAGUUUGGUGCCAACUUUAUAGAUCCACAGAUGAUGCUUAUUGGGAGAGUAAUGACAGAUGGUAGGGUGAAUGCUAGGGUGAAGUGUGAUUUGUCUGAGAAUCUUUCAUUGAAAGCCAAUGGUCAGCUGACUGGUGAACCACACAUGUCACAUGGCAUGGUUAAUUUUGAUUACAAGGGUAAAGACUACAGGACCCAAUUUCAACUUGGCAAUGGUGCAUUACUUGGAGCCAGCUACAUCCAGAGUGUCGGUCCACAUUUGUCUCUGGGUGGGGAAGUGUUCUGGGCUGGUCAGCAUCGGAAAUCUGGCAUUGGUUAUGCUGCUCGCUACAACACAGAUAAAAUGGUUGCUGCAGGGCAAGUUGCUAGUACUGGAAUGGUUGCACUGAGUUAUGUUCAGAAAAUUUCUGAUAAGGUGUCUCUAGCAUCAGAUUUUAUGUACAACUACAUGUCAAGAGAUGUAACAGCAAGCUUUGGUUAUGAUUACAUCCUUCGGCAGUGCCGUCUCAGAGGGAAGGUUGAUUCCAAUGGUUGUGCAGCUGCUUUCUUGGAAGAGCGCUUGAACAUGGGUCUUAAUUUCAUUCUUUCAGCUGAGGUCGAUCACAAAAAGAAAGACUACAAGUUCGGUUUUGGACUCACAGUCGGAGAAUAGAGGGCAGCUUAAACAGGGAUUAGGUAGCACAAGAUUAAAAUUGAAAGCAUCUUGACAAGUGAUGCUUUUUCUCAGCGAUAAAAGAAUCAAAACAUCAGUUUUGUAUUUUUAUCGAGCGACAUUGGUUCUGAACCAUACAUUUCAUCUACUGGUGCAACUAGUCACUGAUAGUUGAUAUUGCAAUUUCGGUAAAUUCUUUACAGUUUAGAAUUGUAGAGUUUACUUUAUUUUGAUAAAGAGAUCUACCAUUCUCAUUUUACUGGA